AUGAGUGUGAGAGUACAAAAACAACAAAAAUGUGUCAACUGUGGGCAUACUCAGUUUGACGUGAAUAGAUACACAGCAGCAGGCGAUGUGUCAUGUCUUCGAUGUGGUACUGUCCUUGAAGAGAAUCCUAUUGUUUCCGAAGUCCAGUUUGGUGAGUCAUCUAGUGGUGCAGCCAUGGUUCAGGGUGCUAUGGUUGGAGCUGAUCAAGCAAGAGCAACAUUUGCUGGUGGGAGACAGAAUGCGAUGGAAAGUAGAGAACAAACAAUAACUAACGGAAAACGAAAGAUUAGAAGAAUAGCAGCAGCAUUGAAAAUACCAGAUUUUAUUGCUGAAGCUGCAGGAGAGUGGUUUAAACUAGCGUUGACGAUGAAUUUUGUUCAGGGAAGACGUUCAAAUAAUGUUUUAGCUACAUGUCUUUAUGUAGCGUGUCGUAAGGAAAAGACACCUCAUAUGUUGAUUGAUUUUAGUUCCAGAUUACAAAUAUCAGUGUAUUCUUUAGGUGCUACAUUUUUGAAAAUGGUCAAGGCACUACACAUAACAUCAUUACCAUUAGCAGAUCCGUCUUUGUUUAUACAACAUUUUGUUGAAAAGUUGGAUUUUAAAGAUAAAGCGACAAAAGUUGCUAGGGACGCAACAAAACUAGCGCAAAGAAUGUCUGCUGAUUGGAUUCAUGAAGGAAGGCGGCCAGCUGGUGUUGCAGGUGCUUGCGUUUUGCUAGCUGCUAGGAUGAAUAAUUUUAGAAGAAGUCAUUCGGAAAUUGUGGCAAUUUCCCAUGUUGGACAAGAGACCUUGCAGAGAAGAUUGAAUGAGUUCAAAAAGACUAAAGCCGCACAAUUAUCUGUGCAGAGAUUUCGCAAUGACGAGGAGGUUGAGAGUGCCAAUCCCCCUUCGUUUGAGAAGAAUAGAAAGAAUGAGUUGAGAAUAGCUCGUACUUUACAAAGGCGGCAACAAGAAACAUUCAAUGACUUGGAAAGUAUGACUGAGGACGAAAAGAUUCAGUAUCUUGGUGAUCUCUCUAAAGACGAACAACAAAAGCAAAUACUCAUGAACACGAUAAUGAGUGACAUCACUAUAAAUAAGGAGUUGAUUAAUGAACAAAUCGAGAGGAUUUUGAGAUCGAAACGUAACAAAAUGGAACAGUCGUUAUACAAGACCCCACACGAGUUGGCCAAGGAAAAAGUAGAGGAGGAUGAUCUUGAUAGAAUCUGGAACAUGAAUUGGCCAAGAAACUUGGUCAAAAACUUACCAACCACAAAUGAUGUUCUCAAGCUAGUAUCUUCUGAGACUGACUUGAACUCAGAUGAUGAUGACGCAGUGGUAGAGGAGAGUCAAAUGACACCUGAAGAAGUGGCUAUGAAGGAACGUAUCUGGACAGGUCUCAACCAUGACUAUAUGGUAGAACAAGAACGUAAAAGAUUGAAGCAUGAGGCCGAUGAAUUAACUGGGAAUACUUCUGCAAAUACUGGGGCCAAUCGCCGGAAGAGACAACGGUCCUCAGUGCCACCUGAGAUUCAGAAAGAGAUUGGUGAUAUUAUUUUGGAUGAAGACGGAACUCCAAAGAGUGCAGGUGAUAGUGCAAAAAUGUAUUUCUCCAAGACAUCAGUGUCAAGGAAGAUUAACUAUGAAUCUUUACAGGGCUUGUUUGGAGAAAAGUUUUGA